AUGCCCCGCCGUGAUACUCGUUCGAAAACGGUUCCUCCAUCCCGUAAAUUUACUACCACCGACACUAAAUCUCAACAUGGAACAGGCCAAAGUGUCCCCGCCAAAGCAGAAGCCGAGCCAACGAAAUCACCGUCUGCCUCUACAGCACCAGGAUCGGGCCUUUUCUCACAAAUGGCAGCUACUGCCGGUGGCGUUGCAAUUGGGUCCGUGCUAGGCCGCGCACUGGGUGGACUAUUCGAACGUUCCGAGCCAAAAGACGCAAGCACGAAUGCCGUGGAGAAGGACCAGAAGUCUGCGAUGGAGUCGAUCACGCCGGACAGAAGCGCCUCCGUGGAGCAAUGCAGCAUGGAAAUCAAGCAAUUUCUUUCAUGCGUGGAUAAGGAAAUGGACGUGAAGAUUUGCGAAGGUUUCAAGGAAGCGCUGCAACAGUGCAAAACGAAAGCCGCCUCUAGUAUAUCUAUGUUCGAUCACGUGUAG